GUCGUCUACUACUCGGAGAAGAAGCCGCUCGCCAACGUGAAGGGCUUUGAGCGUCGCCGGCUCGCGCCUGCUCUGCGGUCCAACGCCACCGCCGCGGACCUGGUCGCGAUCCUCAAGAGCGCCGCCGCCGCCACAGCGUGGCAGGCGCAGGCUGCAGCCGCGGAGGCCUGUCCGGUCAGAGAAUGGGUCUACUUCUCGGCGUCGAACAGCAGCCGCACUGCCCAGCACGUACACUCCGAGAACGUCUGGCUCGGCGGCGGCGGCGUGACCGCCUUCAACCACUAUGACGCGUCGCACAACGCGUUUUGCCAGCUGCACGGGCGCACUCUUGUGACCGCCCUCUCGCCCAUCUCGCUCUCGUACAACGUCUGGGCGCACGACGAGGUGGCGCUCGCCGUGGAGACGGCCUGA